UUUAAGAUCGGUGUUUAACAGAACUUUUGUUUGAUUUCGGAGCAUCUGAAUGCAACACUGGAUUCGGCUUCUGUUAAGGGAAGAAGAGGCCGUUUGAUCGUCUAGGUCCCUGAAGGACACACCUCUCUGUGCAGGGCCUCCUAUUGGAGCCGCGGCUGUCCGGGUCGUUGCAGACGGACACCGGGGAGCGGACGCUGCGGACCGACACCGACAGAGAUGAACAGGACCAUGGCCGACACCGAGACCCGGGCCGGGGCCGGCUCCGACCAGCUCAUCUUCUUCGUUAACGGAAAGAAGAUUGUGGAGAGAAACGCAGAUCCUGAGAUGACCCUGCUGACGUAUCUGAGGAGGAAAUUGGGUUUAACAGGAACUAAACUGGGUUGUGCUGAAGGUGGAUGUGGAGCCUGCACCGUCAUGCUGUCUCGAUACCAAACACACACUCAAAAGCUGCAUCAUUACGCCGUCAACGCCUGCCUCGCCCCGCUCUGCUCCCUGCACCUGGUCGCCGUCACAACCGUGGAGGGCAUCGGCAGCGUGGCAAGAAAACUACAUCCUGUACAGGAGCGGAUAGCGAGGUCUCACGGCUCUCAGUGCGGCUUCUGUACCCCGGGGAUCGUCAUGUCCAUGUACGCCCUGCUGAGGAACAACCCAACACCAAAAAUGGCCGACGUGGAGCAGGCCUUCCAAGGAAAUUUGUGUCGUUGCACCGGAUACAGACCCAUACUGGAGGGAUACAAGACUCUGACUGUGGAGGGUGGAUGCUGUGGUGGCAGGGGGCGGGAGAACGGCUGCUGCAUGACCAAUGGGAACGGAGAAGAGAAAAACUCAGAGGAAGAAACUGACGAAUCAACAUCUUUGUUUAACACGGCUGACUUUGCGCCCUAUGACCCCACGCAAGAAGUCAUCUUUCCUCCUGAACUCAUGUCGCUCACCAAGGGUCAAAGGUCGGCCUCGCUGCGCUUUAAGGGCGACAGGGCAACUUGGCUGCAGCCUGACAGUCUGGAUGAGUUUCUGCAUCUGAAGUGGAAACAUCCAGAAGCCCGGGUGGUGGUGGGAAACACAGAAGUGGGUAUUGAGGUGAAGUUUAAGAACAUGGUGUACCCAGUCAUCCUCGCUCCAGCCUUCAUCCCUGAACUCAACGCAGUGACACACACUGAGGACGGUGUGGUGUUCGGUGCAGCCUGCACUCUCAGCCACAUGGGGGAGGUGCUGCAGCGAGCGGUGGAGACUCUUCCUCCUCAUCAGACCGAAGUCUUCCUUGCCAUCCUGGAACAGCUGCGCUGGUUUGCCGGACUGCAGAUACGUAACGUAGCUGCUGUUGGUGGAAACAUCAUGACAGCGAGCCCCAUCUCAGACCUCAACCCUGUUUUUAUGGCAGCAGGCUGCAAACUCACACUGAUGGACAAAGACGGCGCUCGUGUGGUUCAAAUGGACGAUGGUUUCUUCACCGGUUACAGAAAGACGAUUCUGCGACCGCAAGAGAUCCUGCUGUCCAUCGAGAUCCCGUACAGCCAGAAGACUCAGUUCGUCUCCGCCUUCAAACAGUCGCCUCGUCGCGAGGAUGACAUCAGCAUUGUCACCGCUGCGAUGAACGUCACCUUCGCUCCCGGGACCGACGUGGUCGAGGAUUUGCGGCUGAGCUACGGCGGCAUGGCAGCCACCACGAUUCUGGCAAAGAAGACGGCGAACAGACUGCGAGGAAGGCACUGGGGUGAGGAGCUUCUGCAGGAGGCUUGCUCCUCAUUGGCUGAGGAAGUGACACUCGACCCGUCCGCGCCGGGCGGCAUGGUGAUGUACCGUCGAACUUUGACCCUGAGCCUCUUCUACAAGUUCUAUCUGACGGUGCUACAGAAGCUCAGGAAGCAGGACAUGACUGUGGAGGAGGUCGGGUCAGACUGUCUGAGCGCUGCCGAGCUUUUUCAUCCAGAGACUCCGUCGAGUGUUCAAAUCUACCAGGCGGUGCCGGAGGGCGGGGCCCAGGGUGACGUGUUGGGCCGUCCCAUCAUGCACCUGUCGGCUCUUAAGCAGGCGACGGGCGAGGCGGUUUACUGCGACGACGUGCCGCUGUACGAGAACGAGCUCUACCUGGCGCUCGUCACCAGCAGCAAAGCUCACGCUCACAUCCUCUCUAUAGAUGCCACGGAGGCGGAGUCUAUGCCCGGCGUGGUCUGCUGUGUCUUUGCUGACGACAUCCCCGGCAGUAACGCCACCGGACCAGUCGAAUACGACGAGACGAUACUCGCCACCGGACAGGUGUGUUUUUGUUUGUCUGACAGAUCAGGUAAAACUCUCAGGUUCAUGCCCAGGUUCACCAUUUUUCCCUCCUUCCUGCAGGUGACAUGUGUGGGUCACAUCAUUGGCGCCGUUGUGGCCAACACCCAGCUUCACGCUCAGAGAGCCGCCAAAGCCGUCAGGAUCCAGUAUGAAGAGCUGCAGCCGGUCAUCACGAUCCAGGAAGCCAUUUCAGCGCAGUCCUUCUAUCAGCCAAUCAGAACCAUCCAGAGGGGAGACCUGGAGGUGGGAUUUAAACAAGCCGACCACAUCCUGGAGGGUGAGAUGCACAUUGGAGGCCAGGAACAUUUCUACCUGGAGACAAACGUCACUUUGGCUGUUCCCCGAGAAGACGGAGAGAUGGAGCUCUUUGUUUCUACUCAGUCUGCCUCCAAAUCACAGGUUCUGGUGGCGAAGGCGUUGGGCGUGCCUGCUAACAGGGUGGUGGUCAGGGUGAAGAGGAUGGGUGGAGGUUUUGGGGGGAAGGAGACCCGAACCACUGUGUUGUCCACAGUGGUCGCCGUGGCAGCAAACAAAUUGAAAAGGCCUGUGAGAUGUAUGUUGGACAGAGACGAGGACAUGUUGGUCACUGGAGGGAGACACCCCUUCUACGGGAAAUACAAGGUGGGUUUUCUUAACAGUGGGAAGGUCGUGGCCCUGGACGUGUCAUACUACAGUAACGCUGGAAACUCCAUGGACCUCUCUCUGUCGGUCAUGGAGCGUGCUCUGUUCCACAUGGAAAACUCGUACAGUGUUGCCAACGUGCGUGGCCGCGGCUUCCUGUGCCGCACCAACCUGACGUCCAACACGGCCUUCAGGGGCUUCGGGGGGCCUCAAGGCAUGAUGGUCGCCGAGAACUGGAUGACCGAUGUGGCUCAGAGUCUGGGCAAGUGUGCUGAGGAGGUGCGUCGGUUGAACCUCUAUGUUCAAGGUGAGUCAACACCAUAUAACCAGGUCCUGGAGCAGUUCACCCUGGACCGUUGCUGGGACGAGUGCCUGACACGCUCUGGAUAUCAGCAGCGCCGAGCUGACAUCGACCUCUAUAACAGACAGAACCGAUGGACCAAACGAGGCCUCGCCAUCGUCCCCACCAAGUUUGGCAUCAGCUUCACUGCCGUCUUCCUCAACCAGGCUGGAGCUCUGGUUCAUAUCUACACAGAUGGUUCUGUGUUGUUGACCCAUGGUGGAACGGAAAUGGGACAAGGACUCCACACCAAGAUGGUCCAGGUUGCCAGCAGGGUUUUGGGCAUCCCCUUUUCAAAGAUCCACAUCUCAGAGACCAGCACCAAUACGGUUCCCAACACCAGCCCCACCGCCGCCUCUGCCUCCUCUGACCUCAACGGAGCCGCCGUGCAGAACGCCUGUGAGAUCCUUGUGAAACGCCUGGAGCCUUACAAGACCAAGAACCCUAAAGGAUCAUGGGAAGACUGGGUGAAAGCGGCAUAUUUCAACAGAGUCAACCUCAGUGCAAAUGGUUUCUACAAGACUCCAGAUCUCGGUUAUGACUUUGAAACAAACUCUGGCCGAGCGUUCAACUACUUUACCUACGGAGUGGCCUGUUCUGAGGUGGAGAUCGACUGUCUGACCGGAGCUCACAAGAACCUGAGUACCACCAUAGUGAUGGACGUUGGCCACAGCCUUAACCCGGCGAUAGACAUCGGACAGGUUGAGGGGGGGUUCAUGCAGGGUCUGGGUCUCUUCACCCUGGAGGAGCUUCAUUAUUCCCCCCGGGGUGUCCUCCUCACUCGGGGUCCUGGUUCUUAUAAGAUCCCGGCUUUUGGUGACAUCCCGACGAAGCUUACGGUCUCGCUGUUACGUGACGCACCAAACGACAAGGCCAUCUUUGCCUCCAAGGCUGUGGGCGAGCCUCCUCUCUUUCUGGCAGCAUCAAUUUUCUACGCCAUCAAAGAUGCCAUCGUUGCUGCCCGGCUGGAGUCGGGCAUCAAUGGUCCCUUCAGGUUGGACAGCCCCGCCUCUGCAGAGAGGAUCCGCAAUGCCUGCAGCGACAGAUUCACAAAACUGUGUCCUCCUGCAGAACCCAGCACCUUCAUCCCCUGGUCUGUACAGGUCUAGGAACUACACUGGAGAAUCUGUAAAACUAUAAAAAUCUGCCAUUUUCUACUCACAACUGAUCAUUCCUCCCUGCGGGAUCAGGACUUCAGUAAGCCCAUACAUGUAAAAGUCUAAUUAUAUAUAUAUACACUUUGUUUAACCAAAUCAUGUGAUUAGCUGGUACACCACAUUAUUUUCCAUUUAGGACUCAGGCACCAAAACAUAGUUUCGUCACAAUCUUCCACUGUAAAAAUGUUACACAAAUCAAACGUGUUCAACCGAUAUGAACAAUUUAAAUGUGUUUUAAUUGUUAAUUCUGAUUGGUGCUGCACUUUUACCUCAGUUCAUAUAGAAAAAUCAAAAUCAAAUAUGAUAUCGAUCACUGUUAUGUUAUACAGAAUUAUUGCACUGUAUGAAUUAAAUAAAACUUGUAGAAGCACA